AUGAAUUUAGAUUUGGUUCGUCCAGCUAACAUGAUAUGGCCCAAGUCUCUUGUCUUUGCUGCCAUGUACAAUACGUUACAUAAUUCAGAAACAAAAUAUAAAAUUCGAUUUUUUUAUAUCGCUUUUAUUUCAAUGUUCAUUUGGCAGUUUGUACCAGAAUACAUAUUUCCAUGGUUAUCUGGUGCUGCCAUAUUAUGCCUUAUUGCUCCAAAUAAUAAUACGAUAAAGACAUUAGGAAGUGUUUAUAGAGGUGCUGGAAUUCUUGGUUUUUCCUUUGAUUGGAACGCUAUUGGUCAAGUCAAUCCCUUAUUUACUCCAUGGUGGUCUCAAGUAAAUUGCUAUAUUGGUAUCGUCUUAGCAAUAUGGGUCAUUGGUCCGUUGCUUGAUGCCCAAAAAUUUCCUUUCUUAUCAUCUCAUUCAUUUGAUAAAGAUGGAAACAUAUAUAACCAGACAAGAAUCAUAGAUCCAGUGACUGGUGCUCUUGAUGUUACUUCAUACGAGAACUAUAGUCCGAUUUAUAUGUCUGUUAUAUUUGCUUUAUGUUAUUGUUAUAGUUUUAUGCAAGUUCCCGCAACUCUUUGUCACGUGAUACUAUUUCAUGGGAAAGAAAUUUGGAAUAGAUACAAAAAAACUCGCGAAGAAGAGGAAGAAACUGACAUUCACUGCAAAAUGAUGAAUGUUUAUCCAGAAGUACCAUAUUAUUGGUAUAUGGCUAUCUUCUUUGUCAUGUUAAUAAUCGCAAUUAUCCUUGGUUAUAAAGUAAAUUUACCUUGGUGGGGUGUACUGUUGGCUAUUGCUCUUGCUAUAUUUAUGGCUAUUUCAAAUUGGCAAAUUGGUUUGAAUGUUUUGACUGAAUUGGUGUGCGGUUUUCUUUUACCCGGUUAUCCUAUCGCAAAUGUAUAUUUUAAAGCUUAUGGACAUAUAUCCUUGACUCAAUGUUUAUUAUUUGUACAAGAUUUAAAAUUGGGUCAUUAUAUGAAAAUUCCUCCAAGGAGCAUGUUCAUAUCACAAAUAUGGGGUACAAUUGUUGGCAUAAUUGUAAAUUAUUGGACAACGAAUAUUGUAAUAAAUACAAAAAGAUCUUAUAUUGAUGGUACAGAAGUUGAUCCAACUGGCCAAUGGGCAGGCCUUCAACCAGAAAUAUUCAACACCGCAUCUAUAAUAUGGGGAUUAAUUGGACCUGCAAGGGUUUUUGGGCCUAGCUCAAUUUAUAAUGUGCUCCUCUGGGGCUUCUUGAUUGGUGGCUUUUUGCCAAUACCAUUUUACUUACUUCAUCGAAAAUUUCCAAAGCCAAAAUUUAAUUUUGUGAAUAUUCCAAUAAUAUUCUUUGGUCUAUCUGCUUUUCCUCAAACUUAUCCAAAUUUCAUAAUCACUGGGUUCAUUGCUGGCUCUUUGAGUCAAUUUUAUGCAUUUCGUUAUAAACAUAUGUGGUGGAAAAAAUAUAAUUAUGUAAUGUCCGCAGCAUUUGACAGUGGUGCACAAAUAAUGACAAUGAUAGCUUUCAUUUGUCUUAAUGGUAUUGUGAAAGUACAAUUUCCAACAUGGUGGGGUAAUGAUCCAUCAACUCAAAGUGAACAUUGUUUUCCUAUAAAAAGUUAG